AUGAAAAAUAAAACGAUGUUGACUGACUUCAUCCUGCUGGGCCUAACAGAUAUCCCUGAGCUCCAGGUGGCAGUUUUCACCUUUCUGUUUCUCUCCUAUUUGCUCAGCAUCAUCGGAAAUCUGGUUAUCCUCAUCCUAACCUUGCUGGACUCUCAUCUUCAGACCCCUAUGUAUUUCUUUCUCCAGAACUUCUCCUUCUUAGAAAUUUCCUUCAUAAACAUCUUCAUUCCCAGACUCUUGAUCAGCAUUACAACAGGAAACAAGAGUAUCAGCUUUGCUGGCUGCUUCACGCAAUAUUUCUUUGCCAUCUUCCUUGGGUCAACAGAGUUUUAUCUUCUGGCCGCCAUGUCCUAUGAUCGCUAUGUGGCCAUCUGCAAACCCCUGCAUUACAUGACCAUUAUGAGCAGCAGAAUCUGUACCCAGCUGGUUCUCUGUUCUUGGAUGGCUGGGUUAAUGGUUAUUAUACCACCAAUCACCCUAAUGAGUCAACAGGACUUUUGUGCAUCCAACAGGCUGAAUCAUUAUUUCUGUGACUUUGAGCCCCUACGAGAACUCUCCUGUUCAGACACAAGCCUUAUAGACAAGGUUGUCUUUCUUGUGGCAACUGUGACCUUGGUGAUCACUCUGGUGCUAGUAAUUCUCUCCUACACAUUCAUCAUCAGGACUAUUCUGAAGCUCCCCUCUGCCCAGCAAAGGAGAAAAGCCUUUUCCACUUGUUCUUCCCACAUGAUUGUUAUCUCUCUCUCUUAUGGAAGCUGCUUUUUCAUUUAUAUUAAGCCCUCAGCAAAAGAAGGGGACACAUUCAACAAAGGAGUAGCUCUGCUGGUUACCUCAGUAGCCCCUUUGUUAAAUCCUUUUAUUUAUACCCUAAGGAACCAGCAGGUAAAACGAGCUUUCAAAGAUACCAUCAAAAAGUUUGUGAAUCUUUAA